AUCAAACGCGAAAACACGCGUGUUGUCGCUGGACCACGAUCCUUGCGGGCAAAGGAUGUUCCACACACAAUCCAAAGGAAUGUUAUAGUAAUAUUUUUUGAAAAAUACAAAGUAAGGAAAAAGGAAAAAACCGAGGGAAAGCGUUAUGACGACGAGGGGACAAAAAUGAUUUCCACACACUGUUUCCUGUCAUUGGCAGUGUUCUUCUAUAAGCCGGCUAAAGCUCCUGACGGUUCUCUGGACGCUCUUUCCUCUCUGUCCGUCCUUGGCUCUUUCUACUAUGCUUUUGUUUCUCUUCACGUAUCAUAUACAUGACCUUUCCUUCAUUCGACCGUCUCCUGUAUCGCGAUCUGCGCUUCAUUUUCUGUUUAGCAGGCUAAUUUUAUUCAAUUUUGCAUUUCCCCCCCUUCUUUCUGCUCUAUUUUGGUGGGGGACUUUGUUUGGAAUUUGGGAUUGAAGGUGGAAGUUUUACUGGGCCAUUCAGUUCGUCUUUUAAUUAAUAAGGGGGUUCCUGAUUAGCUGUAAAGACCCACUGUUCCUGCACGACCUUAUUUGACUCAGUGGGACUUCCAUUCUUGUUCUGUUCCUUCCGUGCCUUCGCAUAAUUCAAUUCUUUAUCCUUUUCCCUUUAUCUUUUCUAUUCCCUCGAAUUGAAAAGGCAGCAAUUUCAGGUCUCCCCCUACAAAAUGUUGUUGGGUUGGUAUAGUAACUGAGCGGAAAACGAGAGUCUUUCCUUCCCUCAAUCAUGGCUCCAUCUGGGAAGGUUUCUGGGUUUCGUCGCGAAGGCAAUGACUGGUUCUGCAAUGCCGGACUGCCUAGCGAUAUCACGGUUUCAGUCAGGGAAGCUACUUUCCAUCUUCAUAAGAGUUCAAGACAUUCUAUGUCCAUGGUAUUGCAGUUCCCUCUUGUAUCAAAAUGUGGAAAGGUUGCUCAGGCAUAUGAAGAGUCAAAGAAUACCAAUCAGAAGACAAUGAAUAUGGUGCUGGAACAAUUUCCUGGUGGCUCUGACAUUUUCUUAAUUGUGGUAAAAUUCUGUUAUGGAAUUCGAAUAGAACUGACAGCCAGAAAUGUAUUGGUGGUCCACUGUGCUGCAGACUACCUUCAAAUGACAGAUGAAUACGGAGAAGGAAACUUGGUCUCAAAAUCAGAGAGUUUUUUCCAUAAAAAUGUAUUACACAACUGGAAAGAUUGUAUUUUGGCUCUUCAAAGUUCUGAGCCUGUUCUACCAAGGGCUGAAAAUCUCCAUUUAGUUGAAAAAUGCUUAAAUGCUCUAUCUAUGAUGGUUUGUACAGAUCCAAGUUUGUUUGGAUGGCCCAUGAUGAUGUAUGGGAGUUUACAGAGCCCUGGUGGAAGUAUUUUAUGGAAUGGCAUAAAUACAGGUGCAAAAAUUCGGUGCUCAGAUUCUGACUGGUGGUUUGAAGACAUCUCAUAUCUCAGCGUGAGUUUGUUUGAGAGACUUAUUAAGACAAUGCAAGCAAGAGGCAUAAGACCUGAAAGCCUGGCAGGGGCCAUAAUGUAUUACUGUAGAAAGUACCUACCAGGUCUGGGUCGGUGGCAGGGGGGACAAGGUGGUAAAACAAGAACAGUUGCAAGCUUCAGCUUGACACCUGCUGCCGUUGAUCAGAGAGUUCUGUUGGAAAGCGUUGAGAAACUUCUUCCUGAAAAGAAGGGAAGUUCAUUUUGCCGUUUCUUAUUGGGACUUCUUCGUGUGGCUCUGAUUUUGAAUGUUGGUCAAGCCUGCAAGGAUUCUUUAGAGAGAAGAAUAGGGAUGCAGUUGGAAUUGGCAACUCUAGAUAGUCUUCUCAUUCCUACUUAUUCAGACUCCGAUACAUUGUAUGACACAGAUUGUAUUGGACGAAUUGUGCGUCAUUUUGUAAAUUCAGAAUCCGGCAUAACUGCCUUUUCUCCGUCUUCCGUUGAUCUUCAAGCAUCAUCAGCAUCUGAAUCAUUAAGUAAAGUUGCAAAGCUGAUGGAUAACUAUAUUGCUGAAGUUGCUUCUGAUGUGAAUUUGAAACCAGGAAAGAUACGCUCUCUUGCAGAGGCCCUUCCCGAGUCAUCAAGAUCAUUGCAUGAUGGACUCUACAGGGCACUGGAUAUAUAUUUCAAGGCACAUCCUUGGCUGUCUGAUAAAGAGAAGGAAGAACUCUGCAACAUCAUUGACUACCAGAAGCUCUCCAUUCACGCUUGUGCCCAUGCAUCCCAAAACGAUAGGUUACCACUCAGAGUUGUUCUUCAAGUCUUGUUCUUUGAGCAGCUGCAGUUGAGAACAGCAUUGGCUGGCUGUCUUCAUGCAUUGGAUGCCGAAAUUGCCCCUGCAGCUCCUAUAACGGUCCCUGGUGAUACAGCGGGCCAACUUGUACAAAGGGACGGAUGGGUGACUCUAGUGCGUGAAAAUCAAGGGUUAAAGGUUGAUAUGGAAAGAAUGAGAUCUAGAGUUGGUGAGCUGGAAGAAGAAUUUGGUAAAAUAAAGCAGGAAAUGAAGAGUGUGACCAAAUCACAUGGUUCUCUCAGUUCUCCUCGUUUGGUUGCUCGAGAAAUAGGAUGUAAGCUUGUUCCAAGACCGUCAGACGCUCAACCAGAAUCUCUUAACCGAAAUGGAUCCACACCAAGAGCAUCCACUGAGCAGGCAUCACAUUCUCAUCAGUCCAAAGUCAGACACAGAAAGAGUUUCUCUUGGUUUAAGUGGUACAUAGAAAUCAGGGUCCCUCUAUAUAUAUGCACAGCAGUGGUGUGUGGUUUUAAAAAUAUUUGUACGAGGGAAAGGGAAGGAAAAUGUUUUCCUCAGUUAGUCCAUUGUUCUUUUUUUUUUCUCAAAGAAAUAUUACAUCUUUGGACAUUUUCCAUUUCUUUCCCUCGUCUAAAGUUUCAUAGAGGCAACAGUACAGAAUAGCAUACUUUCCUGAUAGCGUUCUUCCUCUUGGCUAGUCUCGGGGAAUGCCUGCAGAAUUCAUCAUUUGGCUUGACUCUUAAUGUUGAAGUUCUAGAUUUUUUGGUCCUCGUCUUUUCGAUGGUGAGUGGCACUGUUACCAUGGAAGCACAGAAUCAAGCAUGUAAAUUUACCAAAGAAGGGAAGCUGGCGCAGGAAGAUUUUUGCUGGCAAAGGAAUAUACCGUGAGAUUAGCAAUGAAUGAUGUUUUGUACAAUAACUUGUAUAUGAGUCGGUGGAUAAAUAUGAUAUUGGUUUUCCCUUUUCAGUUGAGGUUCUAAUUCUAGAUUCCCGCGAGGCUUAUUCAGUGUUACGUUGUAAAAAUUUCAAAAAAUAUGUCAUUUUAA